AUGGUGAAAGCUGCCACAUCCGGUGGUGAUAUAAGAAGGUUGCUGUCUGCAGACUGGGAAGUCGAAGAGGGGGAGGCCUCGGACUUCUCGCUGGCCUGGGAUUCCUCCGUGACAGCCUCAGGAGGCCUGGACGGAGAGCCCGAGUGUGAGCAGAAGGCCGGCCGGGCGCUGGAGGACAGGAGCAGCGUGACCAGCCAGGAGGAGAGAAAUGAGGACGAUGACGACAUGGAGGAUGAGUCCCUCUACACCUGCGACCACUGCCAGCAGGACUUCGAGUCGCUGGCGGACCUGACGGACCACCGGGCCCACCGCUGUCCUGGAGGUAGGCUGCCGCGCGAGCCGGGGCGCUGGCGGGUGGUGCGGCGG